AUCCUCACAUGACCACGUGGCUGAAUAAUAGGGCUGUAUGCGCAGUGCGCAAGCCGCGCACCCAAGCCUCUGCCCGUGUCCCACGGUCUCGAAUUUUCCCUUCGCCUCCGCGAAUCUACCAGAACUCUCUGAACACACUUCUCUUUCUUCGCCACCCUUUUGAAAUUCCCACGCAAAGCCCUCGCCUUUUGCCGCAUUUCUGCCCAAGUCCCCAACUCCGCCGUCGAGCCUCGCCGGAAACCCACUCCUACUAGCCGGACCUCGCCUAUGGCUACCGCAACUUCCUUCGCAGGCGUCGGUCUUCACUUUCAUCCUCCGUUGCCCAAUGGUUGUAGGAAAAAUGCUUUGUUAGCGCAGCCUCAGCUCUCUCUGAGCUUACCUGCGAAGUCUAGAGCUCUCAGAACCCUAAAGUCGAUGAGAUUGAAGAAGAACGAUGUAUUUGGGACCAAAAGGCUCGAGAGGUUUGGGAACGGUUCGAAGCCAUUCGUUGUCCGAUGCGAUGGUUCAAACGGAAGGAUCACUCAGCAGGAGUUUACUGAUAUGGCAUGGCAAGGUAUUGUCUCUUCUCCAGAGGUAGCAAGAGAAAACAAACAUCAGAUUGUGGAGACUGAGCAUUUAAUGAAGUCAUUGUUGGAGCAGAAGAAUGGGCUUGCUCGGCGCAUUUUCUCCAAAGCUGGUGUUGACAAUACUCGUCUUUUAGAAGCAACUGACAGGUUCAUCCAACGCCAGCCAAAGGUUAUCAGUGAAUCAGCUGGUUCGAUGUUAGGAAGGGAUUUGGAAGCCCUGAUUCAGCGAGCCAGAGACUAUAAGAAAGAAUAUGGAGAUUCUUUUGUGUCAGUUGAGCAUUUAGUCCUUAGUUAUACCCAAGAUCAAAGAUUUGGGAAGCAAUUAUUCAGGGAUUUCCAAAUUUCACAGCAAACCUUAAAAUCUGCAAUUCAGGCUAUAAGGGGGAAUCAGACAGUAAUCGACCAAGAUCCUGAGGGGAAAUAUGAAGCACUCGAAAAAUAUGGAAAAGACUUGACAGCAAUGGCAAAGGAAGGAAAGCUUGACCCAGUAAUUGGAAGGGAUGAUGAAAUACGGAGAUGCAUUCAAAUUCUCUCAAGAAGAACAAAGAAUAAUCCUGUGCUAAUUGGUGAGCCUGGGGUUGGAAAAACUGCAAUUUCUGAAGGGCUCGCACAGAGGAUUGUUCAGGGAGAUGUGCCUCAAGCUCUGAUGAACCGUAAGUUGAUAUCCCUAGACAUGGGUGCACUCAUAGCUGGAGCAAAAUAUCGAGGAGAAUUUGAGGAUAGACUAAAGGCUGUACUCAAGGAAGUAACAGAAUCAGAAGGGCAGAUCAUCCUGUUCAUUGAUGAGAUCCAUACAGUUGUUGGGGCAGGUGCUACCAAUGGUGCAAUGGAUGCAGGCAAUUUACUGAAACCCAUGCUUGGUCGUGGAGAAUUACGAUGCAUUGGUGCUACCACGCUGGAUGAAUAUCGUAAAUAUAUUGAGAAAGAUCCAGCUUUAGAGCGCCGUUUCCAGCAAGUUUAUGUUGACCAACCUAAUGUGGAAGAUACAAUAUCUAUCCUUCGGGGGUUGCGUGAAAGAUAUGAGCUUCAUCAUGGAGUUCGCAUCUCGGACAGUGCUCUUGUAGAAGCUGCAAUUCUUUCGGAUCGUUACAUUAGUGGUCGCUUUUUACCUGACAAAGCUAUUGACCUAGUUGAUGAGGCAGCUGCAAAACUGAAGAUGGAAAUCACUUCAAAACCUACUGCUCUUGAUGAGAUUGAUCGUGCAGUACUGAAGCUGGAGAUGGAGAGGCUUUCUCUUACGAAUGAUACAGAUAAAGCUUCAAAAGAUAGGUUGAGUCGCCUAGAUGCUGAGCUCUCUCUCUUAAAGGAGAAACAGGCAGAGCUAACUGAGCAAUGGGAGCAUGAAAAAACUGUUAUGAUGCGCAUUCAGUCGAUCAAAGAGGAGAUUGACAGGGUAAAUCUUGAGAUCCAGCAGGCUGAACGGGAGUAUGAUCUUAAUCGUGCUGCUGAGCUGAAGUAUGGAAGCUUGAACUCCUUGCAGCGGCAACUUCAAAGUGCAGAAAAAGAAUUAGAUGAGUACAUGAGUUCUGGGAAGUCGAUGCUGAGAGAAGAAGUUACUGGGAGUGAUAUUGCUGAGAUUGUCAGUAAAUGGACUGGUAUUCCUGUUUCCAAGCUGCAACAAUCAGAGCGGGAGAAGCUGUUGCAUUUGGAGGAAGAGCUACAUAAACGUGUUGUGGGUCAAGAUCCUGCUGUAAAAGCAGUAGCUGAAGCUAUCCAGAGGUCCCGAGCUGGCCUGUCAGAUCCUCAUCGUCCCAUUGCUAGUUUCAUGUUCAUGGGUCCAACAGGUGUUGGGAAGACAGAGCUUGCCAAGGCACUUGCAUCCUAUUUGUUCAACACUGAGGAGGCCCUUGUACGAAUUGAUAUGAGUGAGUACAUGGAAAAACAUGCAGUUUCAAGAUUAAUUGGAGCCCCACCUGGUUAUGUAGGGUAUGAGGAAGGAGGACAGUUGACAGAAACAGUCCGCAGGAGGCCUUAUGCAGUUAUUUUGUUUGAUGAGAUAGAAAAAGCCCAUUCUGAUGUGUUCAAUGUGUUCCUUCAGAUUCUGGAUGAUGGAAGAGUGACAGACUCCCAGGGUCGUACCGUGAGUUUCACCAAUACAGUUAUUAUCAUGACUUCAAAUGUGGGAUCACAGUACAUAAUUAAUACAGAUGAUGAGAAUUUACCCAAGGAAUCAGGUUAUGAAAUUAUUAAGCAAAGGGUGAUGGAUGCAGCAAGAUCAGUCUUUCGACCUGAGUUUAUGAAUCGGGUCGAUGAGUACAUAGUUUUCCAGCCCCUGGAUCGUGGUCAGAUUAGCAGUAUUGUAAGGUUACAGCUGGAACGGGUGCAGAAGAGGAUAGCAGACAGGAAAAUGAAAAUCCAGGUGAGCGAUGCAGCAGUACAACUGCUGGGAAGCCUGGGGUAUGAUCCUAACUAUGGUGCAAGGCCGGUUAAGCGGGUAAUCCAGCAGUAUGUUGAGAAUGAACUAGCCAAGGGCAUAUUGCGAGGGGAUUUUAAUGACGAGGACACCAUCUUAAUCGACACAGAGGUUACGGCAUUUUCUAACGGCCAACUUCCCCAGCAAAAGCUCGUAUUUACCAAAUUAGACUCCGAUUCAGACUCAAGUUCUGCAACUGAAGAGGAUCGGCAAGUUUUUUCAGAGAGUCGAUGAGUGUUGUAUUUUAGUUUUGCUUCACGGAAUCACACUCACAGUGAUGCACCACAGAAAGCUUGUGCCCAAGAUAUGUGUAAGGAGUUCAUGCUACUCCAAAUUCUCAAAUGCUGUUUGUAGCUUAUUUAUUUAUAGCUGAGGGUUGUUUAUAUAUAUAUAUAUAUAUAUUUUAAACCA